AUGCGUCUUCUCCCUUUUUUGGUCGCAUCGACCUUCAUUCCUCUUAUCUCCGCUGUCCCCGCUGGUUCAAGCAUCACCCCACAGCCGCCCCUACAACCUGUCCGCCUCGCCCAUUCUGACCCACGCCGCCCAUGGACCAGACUUCGCGACUGGGUGAUUGGUUCAAUAUGGGAUAUUGAUCGCACUUGCUCGAAACAUUCAUCGCCCCCGUCAAACAUUUACCAUCGAUACGGUAGUGAUGUUGUCCUCCGCUUUCAUUUACGUCAACCGGAUGAGGCAGAAGCGUUGUCGACUGCUUCUCAUGUGCUAUUUUUGGACAUCUGGGCCAUCACUUCCGAAUUCGUCGAUAUCAGACUGGCCGAUGAAAUGAUCCCUUCAUUACUUGACCUGCUGCCUUUGACCCUCCGCACCUCCUAUACGCCCCUCAUAGAUAACCUUGCCGAGAAGAUAUACGCUUCAUACCCGUCUCGUCACCGUGACAAUCUUGACUUUGGAGCUGGAAUUGUAUCGGGUCCGCAGAAAACCGCAGCAAUCGGCGACCUCUUCUUUCAAGAUUACCAACCGCUGUCCGUCAUUACGCAAUGGAUGCGAUUGAUGGCGUCAAUGUUCUCCUCCCACGUUCGCCUGACCAGCUUGGGACUUUCUUACGAGGGUCGCGAAAUUCCAGCAUUGCGACUCGGCGUUCCUGCUGCCGACCCUUCAUCAGGACCGCGCCAGACAAUUGUCAUUGUAGGUGGUAGCCAUGCCCGAGAAUGGAUCAGUACUUCCACAGUCACAUAUGUCGCAUACAGUCUCAUCACACACUACGGGUACUCGCCAGCAGUAACGCGACUGUUGCAAGAGUAUGACUGGGUUUUAAUCCCAACUCUUAAUCCGGAUGGAUACGUGUACUCAUGGGAAUCUGACCGUUUAUGGCGCAAGAACCGCCAGCCAACAGGUCUCCCAAUCUGCCCCGGUGUCGAUCUAGAUCGAAAUUGGGACUACGAGUGGGAUGGUGAAUCAACUCGCUCGAACCCAUGCUCAGAGAACUAUGCAGGGUCAGAGCCAUUCGAGGCAAUUGAAUCCCAACGAUUGGCGCAGUGGGCUCGAAAUGAAACUGCGCACGAUCGCGCCGACAUCGUAGGAUUCUUGGACCUUCAUUCCUACUCUCAACAGAUUCUCUACCCGUACUCAUACACCUGUUCCUCCGUGCCUCCCACCCUUGAGAGCCUAGAGGAGCUCGCGCUGGGGCUAGCUAAAUCUAUUCGGCAGACCUCUCACGAGUCAUAUGAUGUGACUUCCGCGUGCGAAGGAAUCCUCACAAACGGCGGAACCGCUGGGGUUACCUCUGGCGGCAGUGCCUUGGAUUGGUUCUACCACAAGUUGCACGCGCGGUUCUCGUACCAGAUCAAACUUCGUGAUCGAGGCAGUUAUGGAUUCCUUUUGCCCUCGGAGCAUAUUGUGCCCACGGGCAAGGAAAUAUUCAAUGCGCUACUAACUUUCGGUAAGUUUGUCUGGGGCGAAGAGGCCUCGGACCUCAGCUUUGAAGACUUGAGGAGUGAUCAAGUUCCCCUAUCGAAUGGCGUAUGA